GUUUUAUUUUAAAACGAACCAACUACUAGAAAUUACACAUUAGCAAUCGUAACUUAAUAUUAAUCUGUUUAUUAACCUUAUCAUUACAAUAAACAGUCGUAUGCAUGGUAAUUACUUAAAAUUAUAAUUUUUCGCUUUUUUUGUGUUGAUAAAAAGCUCGUGCUGUUUAUUUAGUGAUUGUUGACAGUCGUACGUUGUAGUGGAAAGGAUAGUGCUAAAGAUGUUUUUUUAAAUAUGAGUGUACAAUGGGCAUUUUGCAAGCAAAAAUUAAAUGGAGCAAAGAAAAUUCAUGCAGAACCUUCACUUAAGAAUAAAACGAUUGGGAAAGAAUCAUAAUGCGUUUCCAAGCUGCCUGCACGAUUUUCUUCACCCUUCUUCAAGUGACCAAGUUCGUCAGCACCCUCAGCUGCGACAAGACCUUCACCUACUACGAAGAAUACGGCCAAAAUAGCUUCAACGUCAGCUGCAGCGGCAUCACCAAGGGCUACGAACACCUCCUGGAAAACAUCACCAUCACCAACGAGAUCUCGUUGACCCUCACCGAUUCGAUAUUGGAAAACGUCACGCCUAAACUAUUUAAAAACGUCCACGACAUCAAAAUCCUCCAUAUAUUGAACUGCAGUUUCGAAUUCGACCGUAGGGCGGCCAUCUUCAGUGAACUGGAGAAGCUGGAGAGUUUGGCAGUGAAGGAUACCCAUUUAAUUUUGGACAAUGUGAUGCUGGCUGGGCUGGGGAACUUGAGGCAUUUGGUGCUAAGCAACAAUAGUUUAUCCGGUGUUGAACCCGGAGGGUUUAAGUCCUUGGAAAACUUGGAGAAACUGGAAAUUGUGGAUAACCAUGUGGCGAAGCUGCAAGAUUUGCCGUUGUGCGAGCUGAAGAAGUUGCGCACCCUAAAUUUGCGAAGGAACUUAAUCACUUCUUUGAAACUGUUUCAUUUCUUUUGCCUGAGGAGGGCCAGACCUCUGGAUCUACAGAUCAACAGCUUACCAGCCGUACCAAACAUGUAUGGCAGCACCUAUUUUAACAUAACGUACACAUAUGAUUUAAUUGAAUUAGAUUUAAGUGAGAACCAAAUAGUAGACUUAGGAUACUCUCUGGACGAGUUAGGUAAGCUGCGACUUUUAAACAUAGGGAAUAAUAAGCUGACCAGUAUCAAGUAUGCUCAUUUUAAAUGGCUGACGAAGCUACAGAAGCUUAUUGCAAACAGCAACCAGCUCAGGACAGUGGACAGUAGAAUAUUUGUGAACAAAACCCAACUAACCUUCAUAGAUUUAUCCAAUAACCAACUGGAAUCUUUUAGUAUGCAAGAUGUUCCUCAGCUAAAGCAUUUAAGCCUAAAAAGCAACCAUAUAGUAAGCAUAUCUCUAAGUAACCUACCUAGCUUAAAGGAAUUGGAUUUGAGCUACAAUAGCCUCAAAAGCUUCGACUCAGCUUCACUGACAAACGUGAACAUGCUGGUCUUACGCCUCACAGGCAACCAGAUUCAACUUACCCCUGGAUGCUUCCAGAGCCUCGCCUCACUGAGGUACCUUGGUCUAAACAAUAACACCUUGAAUGAUAUCCCAGAGCAAGCAUUCACCAGUCUCAAGACCCUAAGAAUAUUGGACCUAUCAUGGAAUAACUUGAAAAAGCUUGAAAAGCGAGUGUUCGUUGAACUGGUGAACUUGGAGAUGCUCAAUCUGUCCUCUAACUCCAUAGAGUCUUUAUCCUACGAAACUUUGGAACCUUUAAAGAAUCUUCGAAGCCUAGACAUCGCCGCCAACAAGCUGGUUUCAAUUGAAUACGACAUUAUUUUGUCAAAGCUUCCAUGGCUAAGCAAUAUUAACAUAAAAGCCAAUCAGCUGAGCUGCAACAACCUUUCAAAAAUCAUAGAUUACUUGAAGCUGAAGCAUAUCGUGUAUGUGAACAGUGAAACUUUGGACCUGGACCAUUUGAGCCAGAACGUAGCAGGGAUCCCUUGCAAAUCUGCCCCCACCAGCGACAGGUUGCUGGUAGCUGAGCACAGCAGCGGGAGAGGCUGGUUGAAUUUCGGACUGUGUCUGAUAGGAAUUUUAGUGUUUAUUUUAACCAGCAUUGUCACCUACAGGUUUUAUAUUUAUUUAAAGAGGAGACGUUACAGGGCAGACGAGUUCGAGCUAGUUGUAGAUUAAACGAUCUAUUGAGCAAA